AUGAUGCUGGGCCCUCUGGGGAGCCCCAACUCACCGCCUCAGAGCCCUACGACUACCGCGCCCGUCGUCAAUCGCAAGUACGCCGCACGACACCUACCGACAUGGCAUCACCCCAGCCGCUCGUCUUUGCUGGAAGACUCUGGCAUCCAACCCACGGGCAACCCUCAUGAGUUCAGCUUCACGCCCUCGAACCGUUUCGCCCAGUUGUCGCCUCGCACCUCGUCCGAGGACUCCGAGUCGGAUGAAGACGAGGAACAUUCCGAGUCCGAGUCCGAGUCAGAAUCCGAGUCCGGCUCUGAGGGGGGCGAGGCCAUGCAGGCGACAUCUAACCACGGCGAGAAUGACGAGGAGGGGGAGGACAGCGAAGACAGCGGGGAUGAAGAGGAAGAAGACUCGGACGAUGACGGCGAGUCAACAGACGUGGACGACGAUGUUCCAAUGAGCCUUCACCCUCAAGCUCCGGCCCCGAUGCAUGCCCCUAUGCCGGCUUCGAUGUCCGCUCCCACGUUUAUCCCGGGACCCGCUCCUAUGGCCGUCGACGGCAAUUCCGAGGAGGAAUCGGACGACGAAGAAGACGAAGAGGACGACGAUUCAGAGUCCGAAGACGAAUCUGCCGUCACUCCUCCGACCCAAGAAACCUUCCAUGAAAGCCAUACCACUGCUUCUACCGCCGCUGCCGUCGCCACCGCCCCCAAGGCCAAUUUUACCCUCGAAGAAUUGUCCGAUUUCGACCCCAUGGACCAAGACCGCACGGGCGCCAUUGCGCCCUCGGGCUUCUCCUCGCCGGCCUCGGCCCGCUCCCGCUCGCGGGCCCCGGCGCCCAAAGAGCUGCCGCCUGGCCUGACGCGCAAGAUGCGGGACCUGAACUGCGGCCUCUCGAGCUCCUCCGACGAGGACUCGGAGGAAGAUCUGGACGAGGACGAGGCGGCGCACCGCGAGUUCGUCCGCACGCAGCGCGAGCUUCGGAUGCGCAAGCGCCGGUCCCACGGCUCAAGCAUCGGCAAGCGCACCAUCUCGGAGCGCAGCGACUCAGACCACGAGGACUGGACGCCCCUCGACCCGGAUGCCGUUGGCUCCAGUGCCCGUAGGCUCCGCCGCCGCGUCGGUGACCGCCGCAGCUUCAUCCACCUGCAGUUCCAGGACCCCCCGCCCCCGCGCAUCGACGAGCUCGAUGAACCCGAGAGCGAGGUCGAGGGCACGUUUAUCUUCUGCGACAGCGGCACCCUGGCGCAGGAGCUGCCGUACUACUCCAUCGAGAUCAUGGAGUACUCAACCCCUAGCCCGUGA